UGCAUUGUUUCCUUGUGUCAAUUUUAUUUAUAUAAUUCUCUGGAAAUAUCCUUUCCACUCAACACUCCCAAAAAAAUUUUAAAAAAAUUAAGCCCUUGAAAUACAGAAAAGUUCAAGUAAAAUGUCCUGCAAGGCCCCAGGGCUAUUCCAAGAUGAGAGCAACAUAGAGCUGUCAAUAGUAGACGUGGAAGUCCCCUCCGAAUUGGACCUAGAUGAGGUCUAUGAUCAGCUGGAAAGGAUGAAGCAAAGGGUGUUGCAGAUGAAAAGUAUGAUAAUACGUCCACCAGCAACCACCACUGACCCAGUGCAGGCGGAAUUUGAGAAGCUAGCUGACUCGGACAACCCCCACUUGAGAGAGGUACAGCAGGAGACCUCACGGGGUUUCCUGCAGAUCGAUCUGGUAAGGAACCGCCUCUCGGAGACCACCAAGGAGCUGGUCGAUUUGGCUGCGCGGAUCCAGGAGAGCGAACGGUGCACCAAAGACCUGGCCAAGAAGCUGGACGAGGUGCCCAAGUGGAUAGAGGAAAGUAAACACCAAGCGGGACUGUGCAUGGAGCGGCACAAUGAGCUGAGUACUACCCUUUUAAGCGACCUAAACUACAGCAACCACAUGCGACCUUUACUGGUGACCCUGAGUAACAAUUAUAGCUCAAAGAUUUCCGUAACGUGCUACCGGAAGCAAUACAAAGAAAUUUUAGAUCUCGUACAAAAUACCCGUUUGCUGUUGAACCAGACCCACGAUCAAUUGAGAACGUACACCCAAAUCAUAAACGACUCUUUUGGGGAAUCCACGACGCAUCAUCUUUCCAGUAUGCCUGACAUUAGCGGUCUGAUGGACCUGCUGGAGCAGAGCCGGGAAAUUGGAAAGAAGAAAAGGGCUUCUUCAAAUGUCAAACCUCUAGCAUUGAUCCAACUUACCAAGGCGGCAGAAAAGCUCACGUUAUUGCAAAAGUUUCGGGAUGGGGCUGGAAAAUAGGCCGCUAUGUAUUUUAAUUAAGAGAAUUUUGUCUCAGUUAUGAGGAAAAAAAAUUAAUAUUAAAAAUUACUUAAUCGUUGUUGAUUAAAA